AUGAAGUCAGGGUGGAUUCCCGUGGCCGCCGUGGCACUCUUCACAUCUGUGCAAGCAUACUCCUGUGCGCCUAAUGCAACUACGGCGAACGCAACGUACCAAGGCCUGUACAAGGAUCAAGUGGAGACUUUCUUGGGUAUCCGUUAUGGACAAGACACGGGCGGAGCGAACAGGUUCAAGCCACCGAGACCAUUUGUACCCUCAGGAGUAAUCGAAGCGAAAGGUCCAGGCCCUGCUUGCCCUCAGCUACUAGGACUGAACGCCGUCCCGCCGUAUUUGGGAAACGUAACAGAGACCUCGGAGGACUGUCUGCGAUUGAAUGUAUAUCGACCAAAUGGAACGACUCAUCAUGAUAGACUGCCGGUAAUGCUGUACAUACAUGGAGGAAGCUUCAAGGUUGGCUUCAAGGACGACCCCAUCUCUCAGCCUGGAGGCAUGAUCUUACAGUCCGUCGCCCAUGGUCAUCCAGUUAUUUCAGUGCAGAUUAACUACCGACUGGGCAUCUUUGGGUUCGCCCAGUCGGAUGCAUUGAAGCAAGAGUGCUCCGAGAACGCAGGACUGCGCGAUCAUCGACUAGCUCUUGAAUGGGUUCAGAGCAAUAUCGCGGCAUUUGGCGGAGACCCAGAUAAUGUCCUCAUUCAUGGACAGAGCUCUGGUGGCCUGGCAAUUGGUAUGCAGAUGAUGGCUUAUGGCGCGAGCAAGCCAUCAGUCUUUCACAAAGCCAUUGGGCAGAGUCAGAUCCUGGAAGGCGGCAUUACCGCCAACUUCACCCGUGAUGCGAUGAAGGCGGUCGCGGAUUAUACCAAGUGCAACACCACCGAGCUGGACUCCGAUGCAACUCUGCAGUGUUUGAGAAAUCUCACCACAGCCGACCUUUUGGACGCCCAAAACGCCACAUCGACUCUCAUGAACUUGGGAGACAUCUGGCUGCCUGUAGUGGAUGGCGACUUCUUACCAGCAGCUCCGUCAGAGCUCAUCGCCACGGGACGAUUCUACAACGUAACCACCAUGAUUGGAUGGUGUGAAGAUGACACAACAUUUUACACACCGGCAACGAUCACCAAUGCCUCAGCAACCCGCGACUUCUUCAAAGACUAUCUACCCGGAUUCACCGACGCGAACUUGGACAAGCUCCUCGACCUAUAUCCACAAUCCGACUUUCAGGCAGAGUACUUCUCAAAUGGCACCCUCGAACUAAACGCAGAAAUCCGACGCGCAGGCAGGAUCCUACGCGACAUCCUCAUGACCUGCCAACCCGUCUACUUCGGAGAAGCCUUAGCGAAAGCCGGAAACGACGUUUACUUCUACGAUCAAAACCAAACAAUCAUCACGCCGUUACUUGAAACCAACUUCUCCUUAUACGGAUACGGUGUUCCUCACACCAGUGAGCUAGCAUACUCCUUCGGCAAUCUCUCGCAUUACGACAUCUACGACUUUCCCUUCCACCCCAGUCCUGAGGAUUACGCGUUAGUUCCCAGAGAGAGCCGAUCGUGGACUUCAUUUGCUGCAUUGGGUCAGCCUUCGAUCGAUAACACCACUUUGCAAGGCUGGCAUAAGGCGAAUUUCGAGGAUGAGAAUUAUGGAAUCUACAUUAUUGGUGGACCGGAAGAAGGGUAUGGUGGUGUCAAUGGUAGUCAUGCCGCACGAGAAGCGUUGAAGAAGCAGAAAUUGAAGGAAAGAUGUGGAUUUUUGAUUUCUCCGGAGAUUGUUAGACAGCAGGAGUACUAAGUGAGUAUAGCUUGAGCUGAGAGAUAGCGUUUGACAACAAUCAUUGCAUUUGCGGUGACAACUUGUUCUGUCGUGGGGCUCGUUGCUGUGCAGAGAUUGACGCAUAAGACCAUUAAUUGUUCCUUGCUGUAUGACGCCAAGCAUAUCAAAGUUCAUCAAAUUGGCUCUGCAUGCUUCUGGCUUCCUGGAUUCAAAGCAUCAUGAAAAUGCAUCGCAGUCGGAAAUCUUUGAUCAUGGUGUUUGAAUGAGUUAGUAAGUGCAAAAUACAGUGAGCGACA